CAGAAUCUCCAGUGGUGAUAUUUCGUACUUUUACAUCAGAAUCUACAAAACCUGAAUUCUUUGAUCAAAGACUCAAAAGCAAAUAUUCAUCAACAACAUUAAGUCGUUUAUGUAUAAGUAAUAUAACAAAAGAUGAAUUGGGAAUAUAUUAUUGUGGAAAAUCACGUUCAAUAGCUCUACAGCUCAGCAAUGGAACUAAACUUUACAGCACUGAAACUGUCCAUCAGAACAUGGCAGAAGAGAAUGAUAAACCCCAUCAAAUGCAGCACAAAACAACCUCAACACUUUGGGCUCUGACGCUUACAUCCAUCUCACUGAAUGUCCUGCUGUUUAUUACAAUAAUAGGUUUGUCCGGAAAAAGUGGGAAACCGUAUCAGAAUUUCAAAGCGAAGCAGUUUCAUGACCUGAAAACAGAUGAGUUUACUGAAGUGGAGUUCCGUCUGUGUGAAUAACAUUCAUCAAGACCAACGGCACUUACAUCUCACAAUCAAUAAAAUGAAGAAAACAAACUUAGAAAGACAACAGAUGAUAAACAAAAACCUCUUUCUGACUCUGUCAUAACACUUCCUGAUAGAGUAAGAGUGAAGUCAACCUGCAUCUCUCUGCAGAAGAGUUAAAUGAUCAGAGAAUGAAGACCACACCACCUUUAUUGUUCUAUCUCCUGCUGUGCUGUCAAACUACAGAGAGUUUAACUCGUAAACGGGUGAUUUUAGGUGGAAAUGUGACAUUGGACUGUAAGCUUGAUAACAAAGAAAUUUAUUGGCUCUUCAUGAAACCGCCAGAAUCUCUAGUGGUGAUAUUUCGUACUUUUACAUCAGAAUCUACAAAACCUGCAUUCUUUGAUCAAAGACUCAAAAGCAAAUAUUCAUCAACAACAUUCAGUCGUUUAUGUAUAAGUAAUAUAACAAAAGAUGAAUUAGGGAUAUAUUAUUGUGUAAAAGCCAACACAACAGGUCUACAAAUCAGCAAUGGAACUAAACUUUACACCACUGAAACUGCCAACCAGAACGUGACAGAAGAGAACGAUCAACCACAACAGAUGCAGCACAACAAAACCACAACACUUUUGGCUCUGAUGCUUACAUCAAUCUCACUGAACGUCCUGCUGUUUAUAACUUUAAUAGUUUUGUUAACGCCCAGAUGUAGGAAACCGAGGCACAGUCCAAAACCACAUCAAAAAGUUGAAGCACAGCCGUUAGACGACCUGAGCGCAGCUGAGUAUUCAGAAAUCGAGUUGCCCACGUACUCCAGAGGAGCUCAGCCCGGCCAGAUCAAUGGAAUAUACACCCUCCUCGAGAAACCAAAGCCAGAUGCCAGACACACAAAAACAUGAGUGUGGGUGGUUCUCGUCUGUCACCGUCACGAGACAAACACAACAAAAUUGAAUCCUAUUUAAGUCUUAGUCAAGGCUGUUUCCAUUUGCACAAGACUAUUUUAUUAUUUAUGAGAAUACAGACGAUCUGCAGCCAAGCAGCCAAUGUUAGAUGUACAUACCAAAGGUUCCUCCUGAGGAACUUUAACUUCAUGUUUUGUUGAGGAUAUAAAGCAAUCACAUGAUAUAUUGUCAAAUCAUGCAGAGGAUAGUGAGAAAAACAGGUCUAGACACUAGUGUUUCUUAAAAAUUGUACAAAGUUUGUCAUGUUGAUGCAUUGCUAAAUAUGGGCACGCUUCCUGUUUCUGAUGAAAAACUUCUGCAAAAUCUGACUCAACAACUUGAAAAUGUAUAAAAAAAAAGUGUAACUAAUGUGUACACGGUGAAUUUUUCUUUAAAAACAUCUACAAUCGACUAAAGGAAAUAUGCAUUGUUCAACCGCUGUAUACGUAAAGGAAUAACUCCCCCCCCCAAAAAACAUUGCGUCAUCAUUUAUUCGCCCUAAUGUGGUUUAAAACCUGUAUAUGACCUGUUUGUUUUGUGUAACACAAAAGAAGAUACUUUGAGAAAUGUCUCCGUGGGUUUGUGUCCAUACAAUGGUAGUCAAUGAUGUUUGUUACCAACAUUCUUCAAAAUAUCCUCUUUUGUGUCCAGCAGAAGAAAGAAACUCAUACAGGGUUGGAAU